CUGGCCAUGCUGCUGGCGCUGGGUCUGGCUGGUUGUAGCAGAGAUGCCGCCGGCAUGGAAUCAUCGGCAGAGCUGCAGCUCUUACGCACACUGCCAGUGCGGCCAGUGCAGUCGGUGCAGUCAUUGGAAACGCUGCCAGGUGUGGCCAUUGAAAGCUAUGCCCCCACGCUCGCUGACAAGUGGCGGAGCAAACGGCGGAAAGUCAAGCGACGACAGCGUCUCAAUUCGCAGAGUAAUUUACCAACGAUUACGGCCAAUGCGGGAAUGGGCACGAAUCUGAGCAGCUGGCAGCAGCAGCGCUAUUUGAAGGUUAACCAGGUGUUUGAGAGCGAACGUCGCAUGUCCCAUGCGGAAAUACAGCGCAAUCAUGGCAAAAUUGUGCUCCUCGGACUUUUCGAGCUGUCCACCAAGCGCGGCCCACGCCCUGACGGACUUAGCGAGCUGGGCGCGGCCACAAUGGCCGUGGAGCAUAUCAACCGCAAACAGCUGCUGCCGGGCUAUACGCUCGAGCUGGUCACCAACGAUACGCAGUGUGAUCCCGGCGUGGGCGUGGAUCGUUUCUUUCAUGCCAUCUACACACAGCCCUCGACACGCAUGAUGAUGCUGCUGGGCUCCGCCUGCUCGGAGGUAACCGAGAGCCUGGCCAAGGUGGUGCCCUACUGGAACAUUGUACAGGUCUCCUUUGGUUCAACAUCGCCAGCGCUGAGCGAUAGGCGGGAAUUUCCAUACUUCUAUCGGACCGUAGCGCCGGACUCGUCGCACAAUCCGGCACGGAUUGCGUUCAUCCGUCGCUUCGGCUGGGGCACUGUGACAACAUUCUCACAGAACGAGGAGGUGCACUCGCUGGCGGUCAAUAAUCUCGUCACCGAGCUGGAGGCGGCGAACAUAUCCUGUGCGGCGACAAUCACAUUUGCAGCGACCGAUUUCAAGGAGCAGCUGCUGCUCCUCAGGGAGACGGACACACGCAUCAUUAUUGGCAGCUUCUCGCAGGAGCUGGCACCACAAAUACUCUGCGAGGCCUACAGGCUGCGAAUGUUCGGCGCCGACUACGCCUGGAUACUGCACGAGAGCAUGGGCGCACCCUGGUGGACCGACCAGCAGACACCCUGCACCCGGCACGAGCUACAGCUGGCUGUCGAGAACCUAAUUGUCGUAUCCACACACAACAGCAUUGUGGGCAACAAUGUGAGCUACAGCGGAUUGAACAAUCACAUGUUCAACUCGCAGCUGCGCAAACAGUUCGAGCAAUUCCAUCAGCAGGACGCAGCGGACGUGGGCAGCAGUAGCAACACUCGCAGCCGCAAGCGUGCACCACAAACGGAUUUGCGGUCGCGCCAGAGGCGUGGCACUGUCAGCCAUCACUUACCGGAUGCGAUAUCCCGUUAUGCCCCUCAAACCUACGACGCUGUGUGGGCGAUUGCACUGGCCUUGCGCGCCGCCGAGACGCACUGGCGCCAGAAUGCUGCCCAAUCGAAGCUGGACGGCUUCGACUACACGCGCAGCGAUAUGGCCUGGGAGUUCUUACAGCAGCUAGGCAAGCUACACUUUCUAGGUGUUUCGGGUCCGGUCUCCUUUAGUGGACCAGAUCGCGUUGGCACCACGGCCUUCUAUCAGAUACAGCGUGGCCUACUCGAACCGAUAGCACUCUACUACCCGGCCACGGAUGCCCUGGACUUUCGUUGUCCGCGCUGUCGUCCGGUCAAGUGGCACAGCGGACAAGUGCCAAUUGCGAAGAGAGUAUUCAAGAUGCGCGUCGCCACCAUUGCACCGCUGGCCUUUUACACCAUCGCCACACUGUCGAGCGUGGGCAUUGCGCUGGCCAUUGCGUUCCUCGCCUUCAAUCUGCACUUUCGCAAGCUCAAAGCAAUUAAACUUUCCAGCCCGAAGCUGAGCAACAUUACCGCUGUGGGUUGCAUUUUCGUUUAUGCCACCGUCAUUCUGUUGGGCCUCGACCACUCGACACUGCCCUCGGCGGCCGACUCCUUUGCCACGGUUUGCACGGCACGCGUGUAUCUGCUCUCGGCUGGCUUCUCAUUGGCAUUUGGCUCAAUGUUUGCGAAAACAUAUCGGGUGCACCGCAUCUUCACACGCACCGGCAGCGUAUUCAAGGACAAAAUGCUGCAGGACAUUCAGCUAAUACUACUCGUGUGCGGCCUGUUGCUUGUCGAUGCCCUGCUCGUCACGCUGUGGGUCGUUGCCGACCCCAUGGAAAGGCAUUUGCAUAAUUUGACACUUGAAAUCAGCGCCAUUGAUCGAAGCGUUGUCUACCAGCCGCAGGUCGAGGUUUGUCGUUCGCAGCACACCCAAACUUGGCUGGGAGUGCUCUAUGCGUACAAGGGCCUGCUCUUGGUAGUGGGCGUUUACAUGGCCUGGGAGACGCGCCACGUGAAGAUUGCCGCCUUGAACGACUCCCAGUACAUUGGCGUCUCGGUCUAUAGUGUUGUCAUUACCAGCGCCAUUGUUGUGGUUCUGGCCAAUUUGAUUUCGGAACGCGUUACGCUCGCCUUUAUCACCAUAACGGCCCUAAUCCUAACCUCGACAACAGCCACGCUCUGUCUGCUCUUCAUACCCAAGCUGCACGACAUUUGGGCACGCAACGAUAUUAUUGAUCCGGUGAUACACAGCAUGGGUCUCAAGAUGGAGUGCAAUACGCGUCGCUUUGUUGUCGACGAUCGACGGGAACUACAAUAUCGCGUGGAGGUCCAGAAUCGCGUCUACAAGAAGGAGAUUCAAGCGCUCGAUGCAGAAAUACGCAAGCUGGAACGCAUGCUGGAGUCUGGCCUGGGCACCGGCUCGACUACCACCUCCUCGUCCACCUCGCUGCUGGCCGGGCAUGGGCAUCUCAAGCCAGAGCUAACUGUAACGAGCAACAUCUCUCAGCCAGCGCCGAUAGCCUCAACAAAUAGCAAAUCUCGCACGCCCAGCAUCUCAGGGAUCCUGCCGAAUCUGCUGCUCUCCGUUUUGCCACCAGUUAUACCACGCGCCAGCUGGCCCUCGGCGGAGUACAUGCAGAUACCGAUGCGACGUUCGGUGACCUUUGCCUCGCAGCCGCAGUUGGAGGAGGCCUGUCUGCCGGCUCAGGAUCUGAUUAAUCUACGUCUAGCCCAUCAGCAGGCCACCGAGGCCAAGACGGGGCUCAUCAAUCGUUUGCGCGGCAUCUUCUCGCGCACUACGAGCAGCAACAAGGGCUCCACAGCUAGCCUGGCGGAUCAGAAGGGUCUCAAGGCGGCUUUCAAAUCGCAUAUGGGUCUCUUCACACGGCUAAUACCUUCCUCGCAGACCGCGUCCUGCAAUGCCAUCUAUAGCAAUGCGAAUCCCUUGGGCGUUGAGGGCACCAGCUUGGCUGUGGAGAGCGGCAACCAUGGCACACAUCUGACGUUGAAGCCCAUUCAUCGGGGCUCACUGACCAAGAGCGGCACACAUCUCGACCAUUUGACCAAAGAUCCCAAUUUCUUGCCCAUUCCGACUAUUUGCGGCGAAAGUUUCGAUCUGCAGCCGGAGUCCAGUGUCGCUGUUGGUGGCAAGUACGUCAAACUGCCCGAGACCAAGGUAAACUUUCAGCUGCCCAACAGUCGACGCCCAUCGCUAAUACAGCCAACUGCGCCCAGUUUGAGGGAACGAGUACGUGGCUCGCCGCGUUUUCCACAUCGCAUCCUGCCGCCCACUUGCAGCCUGAGCGCUCUGGCCGAGUCCGAGGAUCGAGUCGGCUCGGAAGCAUCUACCUUGGCCGGCAGCUGCAAGUCUAUACCACGCAUAUCGCUGCAACACGCGACAAGUGGGGGCACCUGGAAAUCCAUGGAGACGGCGGCCAAGUCGCGGCUCUCGCUGGACUCCCAAGAGGACGCACAACCUACGCCACCGUUGGCAACAGCAAAUGGUCUUGAUUAAUAUUGUAAGUUCGAAACAUAAACACACUCAAACAGAGACACACACACACACACACCGAUACAGUGACGCCCACCCAACAUUUUCCGCCCAAUCCUUGUCAAUUAGAUGUGAACACCAAGCAAUUAUUUUCAACACGCGCCCGCCCACCCGUCCUCCAUCAGCCAGGGUAACGCGCGCGUGUACAACUGACCAAUCAUCGGCUUAAAGCAAUCAAACGCAUUAGGAUAAGUUACGAUACGCGUAAUCCUUCCUCAAGUAGCUAGUCACGAGUUCCACAAUUUCUUCCCACCCCACCCCCUCCACCUCCUACUACUGUGCUCUUCCUCA